UGUUACUUUUACUAUUGCUGGUUUCUUCAUCAUGGCUACUAUUCCUAGUGUCAAUACCUCAAACGCUCUUCUGACCCCAGAAAUUGUUUACAUGGUUAUUGAGCAUGUUCAAGUAGCCUCUGAUCUUCUGAGCUGUGCCUGUGUAAACAGCAUGUGGAGUCUGCCAGCUUUGAAGAAGCUGUAUAGAGGCUCCCUGGUCGAGAGGCAGCUUCGCACGCCACUCAUUGAGUCUCUGGAUAGACUUCUUGCAGCAUCACGGACGCGCUUUGCUACCAAUACAAGCAACAUUCGCCAUCUUCUCCUUUCCUGCGAAUACUAUGAGACACCAGAGGAGAUUCCGACUGGGAGCAACUGGCAAGCUGUGUUUGAGGAGUGUCGCGUAAUCUGCCGUCGGAAGAGACUGGCCAGUCUGGUCAUUCCCCAUGAAAUCAAGCAUCAAGAUUUCCCACCCAUCUCUGAUCUCCUCUGCCCGACCAUCUCAUUCCUGGCCAUCCAUUAUCCCUACUGUCAGCAAUUGGUUCAAACAGAAUCAAUCAACUCUGCUCAGGACAAAUACCACCACCUCAAAGCACUCAAUAUCUAUAAAUCGGACUUGAACGGAGACGUCAACGCUCUAUGUCGGCUUCUCCAAUUCUGUAACCUGGAGUUGUUUCUGUUUCAGAGUCGACAGUCACCGUACGACGACCCCUUUGACCCGACCGAGCUCAGUAAGAAGCUCCUGUCAGUUCUUCGCCAACACCAGGACCUCACGGCACUGGCGUUGCUUCUGCCUGUCAGCGGCAUUUCUCUCAUCCCACAGAAGGCAAACCCGUGGCCCAAAUUGAAGGCGUUGUCGCUCCUCGAAUUGGAUGAAUUCUGGCAGGAGAAAUUGCCCUUCUUUGAGGGGCUGGAAAUUCUCGACAUACGACACAUUGCCCCCCUGUUUCUCGAUGGAGACACCUUUAAACCAUUGUUUGAGAAUAUUGCGCAAUGCAAACAUUUGCGCUCGAUCGAGCUUGUCUUCCAUGAGCUGGACGAUGUGGAUGAUCUCCUCAUUCUUGCGGGAGGCUGCCCGCUGUUGCAACGACUCGAUAUUCGGUUUGUCUUUUGCGAGCUUGUGGAAUUCGAGAUGCCAGUGUAUGUGUUAUUAUGCUUGGCUCUGUGUCUUCCUCGCCUGGAAAUUCUGCAUCUCGACUUCGCCAUCGGACUGUCCACCGACUCGUUUCGACUCCUUGGCCAGUUCUGUCCGCGACUCAUCAUGCUUGCGCUCCCUAGCGCUGUAUUAUACCUCUGCCAUGAGCAUAUGGCGAAAUUUGCUCCCUUUCAGCAUCUGGAAGCAAUGUUCUUCAACAAGAUUGCCUUUGAAAAACUGGAGGGGCACCACAGCGAAGCCGAGUCUAUCGCAAUAGAAUGGCGCAGGAUAUUCCCACGACUUCAAGCACUGUCUUAUUCAUCAGAGACUAAUCCCUUUCACCCGAACAGGUGCGUGGAUCACAGCCUUAUCUAUGACCCUUUCUUGCCUUUGGUUUGGGAGAGACUUUGGAAGAUUCUCGGGUACAAGAAGGACAGGUACAUCCAUCGUAAUAUCCGUCAGUUGUGGCAGACGAAUCUGGAGAUUGAGCUCAUAGGAUGGCCAGUGAUGACACUAGAUAACUUUUCCAAUGAAACAUGGGCCAAUCCACGGUUAUACACGGCUUGAAGAAUACUUUUUUUGAGGAGUAUUGCGUACUGCAUGUUCUUUUGCCUUUCUCUGGUUGGUUAUUGAUCUAGAUGAAAGGAGAAAAACAAAUUGGUUGCUGCCUAGCA